AUGCGCGUUACUGCUAUCGUCACCGCUGCCUUCUUGGCCAGCAGUGCUACUGCUGCUCCUACCCCAGGUCUGAUCAGCAGCAUCCUGGGCCUGCUCACCAACGACAUCAACAAGCUUCUCUCCUCUCUGGGUAUCCACCUCCACACUGAUGGUGCCAAUCACGGCGCCACUGUUCCUUUCCACGACCAGUGCCCGUUUAGCAUCCCAGCUGUUGAUCUAAGCCCCAUUCGCCACAGCCACGAUAUCAACUGGGGCAAGGGCGUCAACGGCGGCAACUUCAUCAACUGGAAGACAUUCAAGGCCAAUGGUGCCAACCUGGGCGGAUGGCUGGAGAAGGAACAAACUCAUGACCCUAUAUGGUGGUCUGAAGGGGGCGGCGAUGGUGCUCCUGAUGAAUGGACCCUCUGCCAGAAUCUCGGUAGCAAGUGUGCUUCAGUCUUCGAGGAGCGUUAUGCCUCUUUUAUCAACACCACCACUAUCGACCAGCUUGCCAAUGUUGGUGUCAAUACUCUCCGUAUUCCGCUCACAUACGCUGCCUUCAUCGAAGUUCCUGGUUCUCAGCUUCACCAUGGCAACCAAUUGAAGUUCCUCAAGACGAUCACCGACUACGCCAUCAACAAAUACGGCAUGCACAUCAUCGUCGGUCUCCACUCGCUUCCCGGUGGUGUAAACAACCUCGACAUCGGCGAGGCACUCUUCCACCAGGCCUGGUUCCAAAACUCUACAAACCUUGACUACUCCUUCCAGGCUGUCGAUGGUGUUCUUAACUUCAUCAAAAAGAGCGGCCACGUUAACGCUUUCACGAUUGCACCAAUCAACGAAGCUUCCGACAACUUCGCUGGUUUCGGAUCUGCUGCUGGUCUCACUAUCAAUGGAACGAACUGGAUCAACACUUACUUCAGUGGGGUACUCAAGAAGAUCGCCAAGGUGGACAAGCGCAUUCCUAUGAUGAUUCAAGAUUGCUUCAUGGGCGCCAGUUACUGGGCACCCUUCUACGACGCAUCUGAAAAUAUUGUCUUCGACUCUCACGUCUACUACUUCGCCGCCGCUGGCACAUAUGCCGGCUACGUCAACCCUGCCGUGUGCGGCCAAGCCCAAUACAUUGCUCAGGAGACCAAGUUUCCUGUUUUCGUCGGCGAAUGGUCCCUGCAGGCCAUGUACAACAACACUCUGGAUACCCGCAAGACCAUCUUCGACACUCAGCGUUACGCAUGGAACAAGUACUUGGCCGGUGGUGCCUUCUGGAACGGAGUCUCUUACGCAACUGCCAAGGUGGAUGGAGAGGGUACUCAGCGCGAGUACUGGAGCUACAUUGACUUGAUCAACCAGGGUGUGAUCACCAAGGUUACAAACGAGUCAUACUGUUAG